GUGUGCAUUGGGUAAGGUGCCUACUUUAUCAACCAGACUAAGCGCUUUUUCGUCCAUCUGAAGUAAGCCAUGGGUGAAGCAACCGCGAAGUGCGUAGUGAAGAAUGUUGAUAUGUCCGAGGAGAUGCAACAGGAUGCUUUUGCUAUAUCAACCACGGCUUUGCAAGAAUUCAAUAUUGAGAAAGAUAUCGCGGCCUAUAUCAAAAAGGAGUUUGACAAAAAGUAUGGUCCCACUUGGCACUGCAUUGUUGGCCGAAACUAUGGGAGUUAUGUGACCCACGAAACGAAACAUUUUAUCUACUUUUACUCCGGGCAAUUGGCGAUUUUACUGUUCAGAUCAGGUUGACAGUUCUUAUCACUUACGGUGUACAUCGCUCAUGUUUCACCAACAGUUUAUGUUGUAUAUGCCAUGAGUUCAAUGAGUGUACAUAGGUAAAUGCACAUUGACAAAACAUGUUAACUUCUUAAGUUGGUGCAUUUGUGUUGGUAGAUAGAGUUGCGGUAACUUGUCCUUCAAUUUGUCCUUGUCUACUUCACAGACAGUGUACUGGUGUUAAAGUGCACAGAUGCACCACAUGCACA